AUCCGCAAAGAUGCUCUGAAGUCUCUCAAUAUCGCAUACACUGUGAAUGCUCAAAGGUCAACCAUCUUUCCCCUGGAAAAUGUGGUUCGCAUGUUGCUGUUCAGGGACUCUGAAAGCGCAAGUGAUUUCAUCAGUUACUAUGGCUUGAGUGUGUCUGAUGGUUUUGUGGAGCUGAAUCGUUCAGCCUUUUUGGAACCAGAAAGCUUACCCAAGCCAAAGAAGUCGCCGUUUGUUAGCCAGAAGCUAACUGGGCUGGUUGGGGAAAUUGUCUGUGGGGGACCUUUGCCAGCUCUGACUUGCCACGUACCUGUGUGCAGCUUCAACGAGCAAAACAAAUACACUGGGGAGAGCGCGGCGGUGGAUUUGGCCAGCGGUAGUCAGAAAGCCAGUGCCGAUGUCUCAGAAGCAAGAGCAGGAGGAGACGAAAUGGACUUAGAGCCGCGUCAGGUUCACCCUCCACUGUUGGCUUUACCGCUCCAGCCGGCCCCCCUGCCUCCGGUUGCCGUCUCCGCCUUUCAGCCUCUUCCGCAGCCGCCGGCACCUCCUCCUCCAAAGCCUCAGCCUGCUUAUUGUGACGCGGGACAACCGAAGCAGGCCUUCAAAGAUGGUCAGAGUGAUGGGUUGGUUCAUAGGGGAGAAGGCCGUUCUUCAGGACAUCGCCGAAGUAGUUGA